AUGUUAGCUGCUGUUUAUAUCGAUACGAUUUUUACAUUGAGCUGUGCAACAAUUUAUACUUGGCUCUAUUUUAUCAUCACAGUUCUCCAUCAGGGCUAUUGUCCAAGAUCUUAUUAUCCAACUGAAAGUGAUUAUAGAGCAACAAAUUCUUCGACUGAUAUCAUUAAAUAUCUCUCCUACUAUGGUACCGGUCCGAAUCUGAUUAUUAUUGAACUGUGCACUGAUAUUCCACGAUACUUAUGUUUAGCUUAUGUGAGUAUUCGAUUACCCAUUAUACUUGUCGGUAAGAUUCAUCAAUAUCGAUGUAAUAAAGAGACUAAUGAAUUGAAGCACACACAAGAAGAACGAUCGUUUUUUAUUGCUGCACAACCAUAUUCCGUUGAAAGUCUUUAUGUAAGAAAUCUUUUCCGUUCUGCAAAUAUACGUUCUCGUGGUCAGUCGUUAAUCGCUCGUCUAAUACCUAAAUCUGUCUAUGAGUGGCAUGAUGAUUUUCGUUUUUCAUCACGUAUUCUCUGUAUCUAUGCAGCUCUUUUUCUCCUACUAUUCUUUAUUACCAUUCAAUUGAUUAUUCAACAAUUACCGAAUCUGCUACAUUGGCAAAUCAUGAUUCAAAUUCGGAUUGGUGCCAUAAAUGCCAACAUAGUCGAUAAUCAAACCAGUAAGCCACAAAACCAGUCAUCAUCUGCUUCGGCCGAUUCAACACUGAAAACUCCAUUUAUCAUCGCUGUUUUUACAGCACUUAUCAUCACUGUCAUUCAAGUAAUGGUCCUAUUAACAAGAAUUCGACGCCAUUUAUUACAAAUAUUUUGUGGCAAUCAUAGCGAAAUAGCGAAAAGAGAAAAUUCAAACAAUAUUUUGUAUGCAACGGGUAAUCUUCAUUUUGCAGGCUUUUUUAUUGGCUAUGCAUUCUGGGGUUAUAUUCUAUGUUUCUUCUUAGCAUUUGUGAUUUAUAUUAUUAUUGAUAAAUUAAUACAAAAUAAUGGAAAAUCAUUUGAACAAAUUCUCAAAGGCAUCAUACCAGUAUUUAUUUUGAGCAUGUUGAAGUUUUAUCUCAAUCUAUUUAUUUCCAAAUAUGUUUUCUUAGAGCAACAAGGUCAAAUUCUUGCCAUUAAGAAUCAUCGUAUAUCAAUAAUUUUACUGUAUUUUAAUUUUUUUCUCGACGCUUUUCUCGGUAUUGUUGCAUCGAUUACGCGUAUCAUCAAUAGUAUUCUAACAACGAUCAUAUAUAUGUCACGUCUCGACUAUUCACCGUUGGGUCGCCAGCGCGAAUAUGGCGAUGCAGGUUUUUGCGCCUAUUCCGGUUUCAUUCAAAUGGAAGCAGUUCAUCGAAAUCCAAUUAUGUUGGCAUUUGCUAGUGUUCUUCUAGUUCAUCAAAGAACGAAACAAAGCAAUCCGUCGUCGAAAGCAAGCAAAAAAUGGCGUUUAGCCGUAUUACUGAUUCGCAAUCCAUCGUUACUUACCAUGCGAAAAGCGAUACUUGCUCAAAAGGCAAGAUAUUUAGCAUUGUUGCAAACAAUGAUGACCUCUGAAUUCGAACUCUCGUCGAGUGUAAACUUUGAAAAUGCAUUGAAGACAGGCUUACAUAGUGAAUAUAUAAGUCAUGGACACGUUUCAUCGAAUAAUCCAGACAUUAUCCUACCCAAAUUAUAA